ACAAAUUAAUAAUAAUUCUGACUCGUCUUCUUCCUUGUUCUUUUCUUUUCUUUUCUAGAGAUAGUAGAAAAAACGGUGUUUGUUAUAUGACUUUUUUUUUUCCCGUUUAACUGCGUACGGAAUUAUUUCUUUUUUAAUUUUUACAUUUCAUAUCCUCUCUCCUACUAAGAUACUACUAUUACAGUACAAUAACUCCCAAGUAUAAAAGCUUGUUUUCCUCCAAUCUUCCCUUGAACUCAGGAACUAAAACAAGAUAACAAACACUUUGAUAAGUUUCUUUUCUUUUUCUUUUUUCCCUUUAUCCUUUUGCCUUACUUUUAUGGCAAUUGCCACAACCAUGAAUCUCACUAACGUCGAUAUAAAUAACACCAACAACAACAACAACAACAACAACAACAACAACAACGUUGCCAACAAUGACAAGCAGCAGCAACAGCAACAGCAAGAUCAACCACAGCACGACGAAGACGAGCACGAGCAUGACAUGGUCAUGCCCGGCUUCCGAUUUCAUCCUACUGAAGAAGAACUCGUUGAGUUCUACCUUCGCCGUAAGGUUGAGGGCAAAAAAUUUAAUGUUGAUCUUAUCACUUUCCUGGAUCUCUAUCGCUACGACCCGUGGGAACUCCCUGCCUUAGCUGCAAUUGGUGAAAAGGAGUGGUUCUUCUAUGUGCCACGAGACCGGAAGUAUCGAAAUGGCGACAGGCCUAAUCGAGUGACGACUUCCGGGUACUGGAAGGCUACAGGAGCUGACCGGAUGAUACGAGGGGAGAACUCGCGCCCCAUCGGACUUAAGAAAACUCUUGUAUUUUACUCCGGGAAGGCGCCUAAGGGUAUCCGUACUAGUUGGAUUAUGAAUGAGUACCGCCUUCCUCAGCAUGAGACUGAACGAUAUCAAAAGGCGGAGAUAUCGUUGUGCCGGGUAUAUAAACGAGCUGGGGUAGAAGAUCAUCCAUCAGUGCCGCGAGGUAGCAGCCUACCAUCAAGGCUAUCAUCGUCGUCGAAAGCAACUUCGUCGUCAUCAGACAAAAAGAACUACCACAACGCCUUUAGAGCGCAGACAACUUGUUUACAACAGCAGCAAAUGGAGCAGCAGCCACCUCAAAUGGAGAAGGUGAGUGAGACUGAUGCAAGUAGUAGCACGGAAGUGGGGACCGCACUUGGACUUUCUCACCACAGCUCUUACACUGCGGUUAGUCCAAUGGCGGCCCCACAGCAAUCAUUAACUCCACCACCUCCACAACCACAACCACAACAGCAACAACCACCUCCACCUUUGAUCGAGGUGAAUCGAAUGAUGCAGUUAUUGAACGACCACAACCAUAACUUAAAGCAACAACACCAAGUCCUAGGAGGAGGUCAUGGUGUAAUUAAUACAUCAAUGCCCUCCUCCGUGAAUACCUCCAUAUUCAUGGGAAAUUCUACUUCCGCUACUGGUGGUCUCGGCCUUGUUCAUCACCAGCCGAGUAUGGAAGAGAUUCAUAGAUUAGUUGAGUAUCAACAAGCUUGCAUUAACCAUCAUUUCCAGCAACAACAACAACAACAACCACAACCCGCGCCGCAACAGCAACAACAACAACAGCUGCAGUUCCAAUUUGAAGCUCUUAACAGUAGUAGCAACCCGAGCAGCACUGGUAGUAGUACUAAUAAUAUGCCGUUUCUAUUCUCAAACUAUCUAUUUUCACCGGCGCAAACAACAGUUGUUAACAACCCUUUAACACCACAAACUGCCAGCUCUAGUACUAGUUUGCAGUUGCCUCCAGUUACAGUUGCUAGUGCUGCAGCUGGGCUCGCAUAUUCAGACAGAUCAUUGUGGGAUUGGAAUCCAUACUCGGAGCCAAAUAGAGAUCACUUCAGUAACCUCUUCAAGUAACUUUCCACUCCAAACGUAACUGCAUCAUGCUUGCAUACUACAAGUCUACAUAUAUAUGAUGAAAGAUAUAAUUGAGUAGUACAUUAGAUAUAUUAAUAUCAUUUCUACCAUAUAUCAUGUUUUAAUUGUGUUAUAGCUGGAUAGUAUUUUAUGAGAGUAUAUGUCAAGCAUUUUUAUAUGCUAUUUGUCAUAAUUUAAGUACCCACUCUUAGGGUUAAUGGACCAUUAUGUUGCAAUUUAUUUUCAAAUUAACCAAGGGUUAUGAAAUAAUGAAAAUUUGCUUUAUUUUUC